UCCACAGUUGAUGGAAUUUCUUACAGGCUAAACUGAUUUGUAUAGAUGCUGAGAGGAUCAAAAUAUACACUCAGUUUACUGGUUUGUAGUUACAGGUUUGUUGCUACGUUUGAGCUGUUUGAUUGUAGAACUAGUUAAAGGGAGGAGCUUCUAUUAAAACAGGCUCAUGGCAAUUGGUUAAAGUUGCCAUCAACUGACAGUGGGAAUAAAUGAAUCUGGGAGUCUCUCUUCCUGAUUUGGGACUUGAUCUCACCACCUUUACGUAUCAGCACCACAGUGAUUUAAACCUACUUGCUUUUUACACAAGUUUCAAAAAGUUAUACGGAUUAUUUUUUAAAAUCAAAGCAGCCCAAUCCACCGUGAUGGCUACAAUAGGGAGCCCGUUCUCGUGGACAGAGGGUUUGGACUCUCCUGCUGGGGAAGGCAAGCCCAGGGUUGGACUCACAGAUCACGAAUCUCCAGCCAGAAACAAAGCUGAGCCACGAAUCCGGAGACCCAUGAAUGCCUUCAUGGUCUGGGCGAAGGAUGAGAGGAAGAAACUUGCCAUCCAGAACCCCGAUUUACACAAUGCAGAACUUAGCAAAAUGCUGGCUUCUGAACGUGUAAUAAUUACUCCUGCCCAUGUCCGUGUUCAGAUGCCCAAGAUGAAACAAACAGUUCAUACUAUGAGCAAAUCAUGGAAAGCCCUCACACCUUCACAGAAACGACCUUUCGUAGAAGAAGCUGAAAGAUUACGAGUACAGCACAUGCAGGAUCAUCCCAAUUACAAAUACAGACCUCGGAGGAAAAAACAGAUCAAACGACUGUGCAAACGUGUGGACCCCAGCUUCCUGCUCAACAACUUCCCCCACGAUCAGACUGCUGUUCACAGUGGAAGAAUUUGUAGGGGCCCUCUGGAGGAGGAAGAGGAUAAAGGCUAUCUAGCAACCUCAAGGCUUCCUGCAAUCAGCAGAUUCAGGGAUGCACAGAGCACGAAGAAUAACUUCGACAACUAUGGGCUACCCACACCCGAGAUGUCCCCUCUAGACGUAGUGGAUGCUGAUCACAGCUUCUUUCCACCUCCAUGUACGGAAGAUUCUCCUUCUCAGAUGAAUGGAGUGAUAUAUCAGUCAGAAUACAGCCAAAGCCCCAUUCAAUGUGGAAAUCUCAAUCAGAUCUCUAUCCCCCAAAACAGAUCACCCAUCAUGCACCCUUCAGUCAGCCACCCUCCGCCGCCUCCUUAUUAUAACCGAAUGCAACAUCCAGCCUUCCAGCCCAUGAAUUCAAGCACCUCAGUCCACCUUUCUCCCCCACGGGACCACCAUCACCUAGAUAAUCUGGAGCAUAUCAGCCAGGCUGAGCUGUUGGGGGAAGUGGACCGCAAUGAGUUUGAUCAAUAUUUGAACACCUCCAGUCAACUGCAUCAAGCAGGGAUGGUAAUGAAUUCACACUUACAUGAUGUGAGUCCAUCGGGAGGCACAAAUUCAGAGAGGAGUCUAAUUUCAGUCUUAGCUGAUGCUACUGCAGCAUAUUAUAAUGGCUCCUAGUCCCAAUAUUAAUGCACUAGAACUUUACUGGCCAAUAACAGUAUUACUUACAAAGAUCUUUGGACUGGAAAUUUCCUCAGGGUUUUCAAAUGAACCAGUAAUAAUUUUCAUAAAUGAAAAACAACCAAAAUAUUUAUACUGGUUUGAAAUCAUUUUUGUUUCUAAGGUGAAAUAUGAAACUGCUAAGUACUUUAACUAUUUGCUUUCCAAACUUUAGUCUGAUAUGUUUGUGCUUGUAAAGAGCUUGCAAAAUGUGUUUAAGAAUCCAGUGAUUGUUUCAUUUUUUUUAUUCCAGUUGGUUAUUGUAAGCCUUGUGAUUUCAAUUGUUUGCAUACUGUUUUACUGGUUUGAGAAAUUUUAAAUGAUUAGAAUUAUUACUGAAUAAAUCACAAA